AUGUCAGAUUCACGAGCACCGGCGAGAGGAGUGUCCAGAUCUACCAUCUCCGAUUUGCUUCAUCUCCUACCACCACCGCAACGCUACUCUUCCACCAGUGUUGUGUUGAAUACAAUCGAAAUCGAAGGUGGAUUAACGUCAGUUAUGUUGAAUACAAUCAUUAACCAGAACUACAAAAAUCCAAAACCGACCUUAGACCUGUCAUCGCCCCUCGCCAUUACUAGUCGCUGGAGAAGAAGCAGAUUCAAAGCUUUUAUGCUGGAUGAGAGAGAGGCAGUUCAUGUUGGCUUAUCAAUGGUUUUAUUUUUGAAGAAAGCAAACGAUCGACAACUUGCAUUACAGAGACAUAAGAGGGAAUGAUGUUGUUGGUGUUGACAUUGAUGUUUUGUGGUGACGAUGGUUGAUGGCAACGUAUGGUAGACUGGUAUUUGGCAGUGUUAAUGGUGGCGAUAGUGGAAGAAUCUCAUUUGGAAGAAAGAGUUGUUGCAAUGUUGGCACAGGUGGUUGGUGGCGGCAUUUGGUGGUGGUAAAGUUUGGGUUUGAUUUCUAUGAA